UUCCCUCGCUGGAUUCCCCGUCAAGCACCCCCGCCACAUGUUUCACACACUGCAUUUACUCCACGUGUCAAUCCAGAAUCCUUCACAUCACCGCCUGUACGACCCGGCGGCGAUCUCUGCUUUUUCUCCCCUGCAUCUUACCACAUAGAAACAAAACCCGUCUAAAAGAAGAGACAGAGUCAUAACUCAUCAACCAACCGCUUUGUAUUUAAACUGCCCCGUCUUUACACAUAUCAGAUUGCGGUCGCUUCUUUAAAUUUCCAUUUCCAAUUUCUAAAAGAAAAGUCUAGUCGGGUUCUUUUUCUCUGUGGUCACUUCUUCUCUACCGAUUUAAUUUCUCCCAUUUAUAAUUCUCUUUUCAAAAUCCUUGCUGAUAAUCAUCAUCAUCAUCAUCAUUAAAUGCAAAAUUAAUAGCCUUUUUUUUUCACAUUCUCUGUAACCGUUUUCCUAACAAUUUUCCGCUUGUAACCGUCAUGAAUAAUAAUAAGCUUCUCACUUCCACCACCACCCGCUGCUGUCAUGUCACCAUUUCUCCAAUAACCGUCGGGUUGUCCGUUGAUUUGUGUUGAGAAGUUUCCUUAUGCAUCCGCUUUGCUGCAUCUCCACCGUGUCCGAUCACUCGCCGGCGAAUCUAUCGAUGGCAGUCACCGCCAGAUCCGACCCCGGAUCAACCACCGUUCAUCCACAAAUUCAAAUUCAAAUCCAAAACCACAACCAACACAACACUAAUCAUUUCUCAAACCACCACCACCACAACCACAGCACCGCCAGCAACUGCAGCAGCAGCAACGGAACAGAUGGUAACAAAAGUAACAGGACGAGUCACCAGAGGGAGCAACCACUUGUACAGGUGGAUGUGAAGAUAAAUGAUAUAGUAGGGAAUGGGAUAUCGGGGGUUUUAUAUAAGUGGGUGAACUACGGGAAAGGUUGGAGGCCGAGAUGGUUCGUUUUGCAAGAUGGAGUGUUGUCGUAUUAUAAAAUUCAUGGACCUGAUAAGAUUUUCGUUAAUCAAGAGACCGAGAAAGGAUCCAAAGUUAUCGGUGAAGAAUCUAUGAGACGUAUUUCUAGGCCUAAGAAUGGGAAUUCGCAGAAUAGGCGUAAGCCUGUUGGUGAAAUUCACCUCAAGGUAUCAUCAAUCCGCGAGAGCAGAUCAGAUGACAAGAGGUUCUCAAUAUUUACUGGCACAAAGAGGCUGCACUUGAGAGCAGAGACACGUGAGGAUCGCUUGGCAUGGAUGGAAGCAUUGCAGGCUGUGAAGGAUAUGUUCCCUCGUAUGUCUAACAGUGAACUAAUGGCUCCUUUGGACAAUGUGGCUGUCUCAACAGAGAAGCUGAGGCAGCGGCUUCAAGAGGAGGGAGUCAGGGAGGAGGUGAUACAGGAUGGCGAGCAGAUCAUGAGGACUGAGUUUGCAGCGCUGCAGAACCAGAUAGUGCUUCUCAAGCAGAAGCAAUGGCUUCUCAUCGACACGCUUCGCCAGCUAGAGACAGAAAAGGUUGACUUGGAGAAUACAGUAGUUGAUGAGAGCCAAAGACAGUUGAACGAUCAACGCACAUCUUCUUCCACUCUGCCACAAGACAAAUUUAGUGCAAGUGUCAGUGAAUCUGAUGAUGAUAAUGAAAGAGUUGAUGCUGCAGAGGAAGAGACGGAUGAUGAAGAGAAUACAUUCUUUGACACCCGUGAUUUUCUAUCAUCGGGUUCUUUUAAAAGUAACGAGUCUGGUUUCCGAACAUCAUCAUUCUCUUCGGAUGAUGAAGGGUUUUUUUCUCUAGAAUCAGAAGAUUGCAUUGAUCCUUCAAUUAGAUCUGUUGGCUCAAACUAUCCUUACAUUAAGCGUCGUAAGAAGUUACCUGACCCAAUUGAAAAAGAAAAAGGUGUCAGUCUAUGGUCGAUGAUUAAGGAUAACAUUGGGAAGGACCUUACCAAAGUUUGCCUUCCUGUUUACUUCAAUGAGCCUCUCUCUUCGUUACAAAAAUGCUUUGAAGAUUUGGAAUACUCGUAUCUUCUUGAUCGGGCAUAUGAAUGGGGAAAACAGGGUAACAGUCUUAUGAGGAUUCUUAAUGUGGCUGCUUUUGCUGUUUCUGGAUAUGCUUCAACUGAAGGAAGAGUUUGCAAACCUUUUAAUCCAUUAUUAGGGGAAACAUAUGAGGCCGACUAUCCAGAUAAGGGCCUCCGGUUUUUCUCAGAAAAGGUCAGUCAUCACCCCAUGAUUGUCGCAUGCCAUUGUGUGGGUACAGGAUGGAAAUUUUGGGGUGAUAGCAAUCUAAAAAGCAAAUUUUGGGGUCGCUCGAUUCAGCUUGAUCCCGUUGGAGUUUUGACCUUGGAAUUUGAUGACGGAGAAGUCUUCCAAUGGAGUAAGGUUACAACAUCAAUAUACAAUCUUAUACUAGGAAAAUUGUACUGUGAUCACUAUGGUACAAUGCGAUUAGAAGGAAAUUGUGGGUAUUCAUGUAAGCUGAAAUUCAAGGAGCAGUCUAUUAUAGACCGAAAUCCUCACCAGGUACAGGGAGUAGUUCAAGAUAGGCAUGGUAAAACAGUGGCAACUCUUUUUGGAAAAUGGGAUGAGAGCGUGUAUUACAUGAAUGGUGACUUUUCCGGGAAGGGAAAAGGAUUUGAGUCUACGAAAGAAGCUCAUAUGCUCUGGAAGCGAAGUAAACCUCCCAGAUUUCCCACCAGAUACAAUUUGACACGCUUUGCCAUUACAUUGAAUGAGCUCACUCCUGGACUUGAGGAAAAGUUGCCUCCCACAGAUUCAAGGCUUAGACCCGAUCAAAGGUACUUGGAAAAUGGUGAAUUUGAUAUGGCAAAUUCAGAGAAAUUACGGCUAGAGCAACGUCAGCGCCAGGCCCGAAAGAUGCAAGAGCGGGGUUGGCAGCCGCGGUGGUUUGCAAAGGAUAAAGGAAGUGAUGCAUACCAUUAUGUUGGCGGGUAUUGGGAGGCAAGAGACAAGGGAGAUUGGGAUUCGUGCCCUGAUAUAUUUGGCCAGAUUCCUAUCGAUCAGCUCUUUGAUUAAAAUCACAAUUGCCUUCUUUCUGUUGUCAAUCCUUGAUUCAUUUUUUUGGUGGAAGUAGUGGAUGACUGCUGAUGUGAGCAGUCCAGCUGCCCCAUGAUAUCCAAUGUAAGUAAAUUAAAAAUCGGUUCAGUAAAAGAGUUUUUUCCUGACC